CAGCAGUCAGUCCGAUUCCAACCACCGACUUGACACCACGCCGUUCUGGCCGGAGCCGCAACAACGUGGCGUGAUGCCCACAGAAUAAAAAAGCCGGCUGUGCACCCAUUGAAAAGUGACAGUGCGUCAGUGAGAAGAUUUGUGAUAUAUCUCUUCUGGACUCCCUUUUACUUCGACUGUUACGCUUUUUAUUAUUUUCUUUAUUUUGCACAACAUUUUCCGCAGUGCAAGAAGUGGGAUGCCUUGAUUGUCGGAGACUAUAAAUUUGUGGCGCUAUACAAACAAGAUGUGGUGGUUUUCUUUCUUCUUCUUUGCUGCAACACUUCUGCUAGAGCCCACACUGUCGGCAGUUUGUCCCGAUAGCUGCGUUUGCAGUACCACCAGGGAUGGCCUGCACCGAGUCACAUGUAGCAAUCUCGGUGACCUUUACAAGUACACACUUCGUCAAAAACAUCACAAUAUAAAUAUUCUUGAUCUAUCUCAUAACAACAUUAGUAAAAUUACUCACGAAUUGGACCGACUCACCGAAGUAGUAACUCUUGAUCUAUCAACAAAUGGAUUAACAGAAGUGAACAAAUUUUUGCACAAUGCAAAAAAGUUAGUCCAUCUCAAUCUUGCUCACAAUAGGAUACAAAGACUCUCCUUGUCACAUCUACCUACAAGUGUUAGUUCCUUAGACUUAACUAACAAUCUGUUAAAAGAUGUGCCUUCUGAGCUUGGACAUUUACCUAGUUUGGAACAUUUAGAACUAGAAGGUAAUCCACUGGAUUGUUCUUGUGCCAACAUUAUUGCACGUAAUCAAUUAUUAGCUGCAAACACUUAUAUCGAUGCUGUAAAAUGUGAAAGUCCUAUGAACUUAAAAGGUCGAUCGUGGCUUGAACUAAAAACAAAAGAAGUGUGCAAAGUUAUAAAGCCAGAUUAUUUAGAUAUGAUGAUGGGCGAUCAACCUAUAGAUGCCAUAAAAGUUGGUGAAGAAACCACUGCCUUAAAACCAAAUCAACCUUUUGCUGCUAGAAGUGAUCUGGAUGAAGGCAAAAUCAUUCAAGGUGCCGAAUUAAUGGAAGAUGAUGAUAGUUUACUAUUUAUGAAAGUAGGCCGAAUUACGUCACCCUCACCUCUAAGUGAAAUCGAAGGGUCAGGUGAAGCUGAAAGUACCACUAUCAGCGAUUUUAUGGAACCAAUACAAGAGCGUAAAAUGCAUGAAAAUCUAAUGAAAAACGAGGAAAUUAUCCCUGCGGAUAAUAUUCAUACUACGGAGGCACCUACGGAGGGUUCUGGUGAAGGUUCAGGAUACUUUUUCCUUGACGAUUACGAAGAUACGACCGAACAAAUGAUUGACACCACUACUCCUAUAAUUGAAGAAUUAAGCCCAGAUCCAGUUCAUAGGAUAUUUAACGAUGACUUAGACACAAAUAAUUCCGAAUUUCCUGUACCCGAACCACCAAACGUAUAUGCUGGAGGUCCAGAUUGGCAUAUCAAAACGGAUCCUGAAAUUGUAACAAAAAAAGCUGUAACCGUAGAAGUUACAAGAGAUACAACAGUUUCAGAACAAAUAAGGGUCACACAAGCCUCAGAGGUCCUGGGCCCUGCCAGCGUCGGUGAAGAAAAUGAGGUUACACAUAAAACAGGAACAUAUGUUUGUAUUGCUUUAAUAAUUGUUUUAUUAGUUGGAUUAAUUGGGUUUGCAAUAGCUAAAGGCCAAAUGCGAAAACGAAGGGAUCGAAGACUACUAAGACAACAAAAACGAGAUGUAGAAAAGGCAUCAAAAGAAAUGGUCGAUAUGAACAAAUCCUUAUUGGGUAAACCUGCUCCCGUAGAAAAUCCUUCAGACAAAAAAGUUAAUGGAAAAUAUGAGCUUGUACCGACACAUGAAAGUUAUCAAAAAAAGAAUGAAAAUGGUGAUAUGGCAAAUGGAAUUAAACAUGAUGAAAAUCAAGAUAUUCGAACUGAUAGUCCUCGGGAUACAAAUCAAAAUAAAAGUAGUUCUAUAGACAAUAAUUUAUCCAAUCAAAAUGAUAUACCACAACAAGAAACAUCAUUUGAAUCUAACAACUCAAGGAAAGAUACAAAUUCUUUGUCUAGUGAAGAUAUAUUUGUUCCUAUAAAUGAUGAUGACAAUCCAAGAUUGAAUGGCAAUUUGGAUCUGUCUCAGCCUCUCAUAAAUGGAGAUCCAGUCGCAGAUUCAGAUUAUUUAUCACCAUCUCGUGAGUAUGUCCCCGUAUACUCACCUGAUAUGGGAAGAGUUCGGAUUAAAAUGACAGAAGUUCCAAAACCGAAAACACCCGUUCUUGUCACGCGAAGUAGGUCAAACGCUGGAGACAUAAUUAUAACACCAUCAUUGAGCGGAAAUGCAACUCAAACGACUACUUGAAAAUGAUUCUCAGUGGGUGGGAUAUGAACAAUUGUGUUUCAGUGUCAAUUAGCAAAACAAGUUACUAUUGGCAAUAUUCUGUGAUGAUUUUAAAUGUAUCCACGAGCGAACUCGAGAGUGAAUUUCAAAUAUUGUAACUAUAUAAAAGAAACUGCCAAAGUGUGUUUGUAGUCGACAGUGCCUUUUUGUAACUUGUUAGUGUUAUAAAAUAUUUAUAUGAGAGCAAGUGCGUUAAGAGAAUAUUUUUAUACGUGUAUAAAAUGUUGCCAUGUUCAUCAUAGAUAAUAGUUGUUUAAAUAGUUAUCAAAUUUGUUUCGUAACAAUUUGUUUAUGGUUAACAUUAAUUGUACAAUUUUGUAUUGUAUUCCUUAUUGGGUUUCUAGUUAAUUUGGGUACAUUUAUUGAUUUGCAGAGGUUGUGUACUUACAUACUUCAAAGCCUACAUUGAACUGUUAAAAUGGCAUUUCUAUCAACGAAUAUCUUAAAUGGUGUUGUUUAACAUAGAAUUUCAUUCUAUAAGAGAUUUGUUCUUUCUUUGUCUACACAUAAGUUCCUUAUGAAUAAUUUUAUUAAUUUAUUAGUUAUAUAAGAUUGUGAUACCACUUAUUUUAAGUAUUUCAUUCUAUAAAAGUAAUAUGUAUGCUGAAAAACUAUAAAUUUAAUGUAUAUUUUUGUUUAGGUAUUUUAAUUUCAAAUAAAUAAUAGUGAAAUAUUUUAAUUGCUGUAUUUCUAUGCUUGCUGACUUGUUUAAAUUUUUAUAAUACAAUUUUAUUUCAUUAUUUAUCGACUUUUAUUUUAUUAGGUGGAUUGUUCAUUAUUUUAUGAAGAAUAGAAAAAAAAAAUGUAUUUUAAAAUAAAGAUAUUUAUAAAUUUUGUGAUUUUUCUUCAAUAGACAUAAAAUAUUAUUUGAA